AUGUCUGGAUGGCAAGCGUACAUCACGUCGAUGACGGACUCGUCGCCUGCCAUCAAGAGGGCAGCCAUCAUCGGCACCGACGGAUCCGUAUGGGCCCGAACUCAGAACGCCAAUGCCUUCCGGGAACGCAUCGUGCUCGUAGGUAAGGCUAGACACUGUAUGGAAAAGGUAGUGCCCAAAAUCGUCUUCAUCAGUUUCAUGAGGUCAUUUUUUCUAGAUCUUUCAACUUGUUUCCAAAGCCCUUCCACACCGUAAAC